AUGAUUGAAAGAGAGAAGCUUGGAAAGAAUGAAUCAUUCCUUUGGGAAUUAAGAGAGGCCGAGGACAACAAUAAGUGUGCUGAUUGCACUGAUAGUUUUCCAAGGUAUAUGAAUACCAGCUUUGGUACAUUCGUUUGUUCAGUCUGUGGAGCUAUUCAUCGUGAGUUUGGCAAUAGAGUCAAAUGCUUGUCGACUGAUAAGUUCACAGAUGAUGAUGUGGCCAAGUUAAAGUCAAUUGGAAAUAGGAGAGCGAAGGAUAUUUGGUUAGCAAGAUGGAGUCAUAAGGAAUUCCCAAUACCACUACCAUCGGAAGAGAAGAAGGUUAGAGAAUUCAUUAGACUCAAGUAUGUGGAGAAGAGGUGGAUCGCAACAAACAAGGAUGUGCCAUCUCCCAUCUACACCUCUGGCCACCCAUCUUCCUCAUCAUCAGCACUCUCUCCAACAUCAUUCAACAACAAUAUCAACAUUACCAGUUCUUCCCCCGCCUCCGCCUCAUCCUCAUCAUACCAUUCAUCUUCGCCAGCACGUGAUGUUACAUCACCAAAUCAUCGCAAGUCCAGUAACAGCUCACGAAACCCACCAUUGUUGGCGAGUGAGUUUGAAGAGUUGUCUUUGUCUUCGGCAACGCCAAGUACUUAUAUGGUACACAGUCAUCCAUCCAGACAUGACAACUCAUUCCCACCCUUCUCCACUCAACCAUUCGAUCAACAUCACUACUUGAAUGAGAAGGCCAAGUCCCCGCCAACCUCCUCAGCUAUACCCAACAAACAGUUGACCAAAUCACUGGGAUCAACAACACCAGUCCAACCCAUAAUACACCCAACUACCAAUCUAAACAACUCAUUACCAACCAACUAUAUUGCUGCCAACCAUCAUCAGCAACCUCAAGCAUAUGCCAACGUCCAAAAACCUGGUAUCCAACAAUUAGCGGCCAACCAACAUCAGAUGAUGACAUCCAGGGCAGAGAUACCCUUGGAUGAGAUGUUUGGACUGCGAUUGACAAAGGACUCUGAGCCAGUGUUCCCUGGUAGUUCAAUGGCCUUUGAGUCUGGAAAUCAAUUGGACUAUGACGAGGACCAGAACAAGGCUUGGAGGAUGGUCGAGGACAAGAAGAAGCAAUUCCUCAACGAUCACGAAUUGGCAAUGAAGAUACAACAGGAAGAGGCACGUCUCAAAUCGAUAGAACCACUAAGGGAGAGAUCAAAGACUGAGCCACCAACACCUUUACGUCAAUUCCCUUCUGUGGCCUAUAGCAACAGAAAUGACUAUCAUGGACAUGUUGGUAGACAUAGAGCAACAUCAUUGGUUGGUGGUGGUGAUUGCCUCAAUGAUGACUUCAAGGUUGAUGAUUUUGAUUACAAAGGUCAUGACAUUGUAGACAACUAUUACAAGAACAAGGAGAGGAGUAACAGUGCCAGCACUGGAAGCAACAACAAGGGUUCCUCUCAUCAUAACCAUCAUCAACAUCAUAAUCCAACUCGUGAGCCAAACUCUGGAGGUAUAUUACCACGCAACUCAAUGACAGAGUGUGAUGCAUGUGGAUCCCAAGUUGGCUUCCAUCAAAUGACCAAUCACAAGAAUGUCGAGUGUUUGUUCCGCCAAGUCAAAUGUAACUACUGCAACAAAUUGAUCAAGUUCAUCCAGAUGGAUGAUCAUAGAGACCUAUGUCUGGCCAAGACCUAUUCAUGUGGAGUUUGUGGUCGUCAAGUCCAAGGAAAAGAAAUGCCAACCCAUCUCUCACUUGUACAUAACCGAUAG